UAAACUUAAGUUUUAUAGGUAGAGCUAUAUAAGAUUGCCAUCUCAUAUAUAGUCUUUUUAUCGCUCUUAAAUUCGCCCGAGUUCCUCCGAGGUUUCCCGAUUACUGCUACAUAAAUACACGAUCCGUGCAAACAUUUUCUUCAUGAAGGAAGCUGACCACGGAAUAAGAAAGCUCUAAGAAAAUGCAGUUGUCACUACGGUUUUCUUGUCUUUGGUUGUUUGUUGCUUUGGUAACAGUUGAGGUUCUAGCGGGAGACACUGAUGGAGCAACAUCUAUUGUAAUCAAGCUAAAAGAAGGAGGAACACAAGAGGAUGUUAAUACAAUUAUGCAGCGACACCCUCAGUAUGUCAUUGACAAACAGUUUGAAAUUGCUGGACAGGUUUAUUAUCAAUUAAAAAUUGAUAACUCAAAGAUUUUGAGUCCGCUCCCUAUACUAAGACUUGGCACAGGAGGAAGUACUACUCCUACUGAGAUUGGAGAUGAGGAACAGGUUGAAUUCUCAGAAGUACAAACGAAGACGACAUUUCACCUCUUCAAGGCGAAACCAAUCACAGAUCCGGAAUUGAGUGGACUUUGGCAUCUGAACAAUGACUUGAAGUAUUCGAUGAACAUUGCGGCGGUUUGGGCUGAUGGUUAUACAGGAGCGGGUGUUACUGUAGCUAUAGUGGACACAUUUAUACAAACAAACCAUACAGAUCUCGGAAAUAUGGAUGUUGAUAAUUCUUAUGACUUUUAUAAUGACGACAGUGAUCCAAAUCCUGAUGACCCAACAAUUAGCCAUGGAACAAUGGUAGCAGGAAUCGUAGGAGCAACGUAUGGAAAUGAUUUUUGUACUGUUGGUGUGGCAUAUAAUGCUACACUUGUAGCUAUUGGUCUUCUUGGGGAAACUCAAGAAAGUAUCGACUUGAGUGAUGCGCAAGUAGGAAGAGCUCUGGCACAUUAUUCUUCUGAUGUGUCUAUCUAUGUUAACAGCUGGGGACCAGACACGACAUCUGACUUCCAUCCUGCUGGUUCAUUGGCUAAAACUGCUCUAGUAUCAUUGGCAACUAACGGUAGACAAGGCAAUGGGAGCAUCUUUGUAUUCGCUGCUGGAAAUGGAGGAAGUGAUUCGAACGCAAAUGCCUAUCUACAAAGUAGUAUAUACGCCAUCUCUGUUGCCAGCGUUGAAUUCGACGCAGUGUCGCCGUCUGCUGGAUUUGGCGCCAACAUAAUGACGUCUGCUUACGGUGGUGGGGUUCACUAUAAAGCUUUGAAGUCGACUGUUCCCUAUGAUGAAUGUUCCGAAACAGCUGGAGUAGGGUCAUCAUUUGCAGCCCCAGUAGCAGCAGGUGUCAUAGCUUUAAUGCUAGAAGCUAACAACGGUUUAACAUGGCGUGAUGUUCAACACAUCAUCAUCCGGGGAUCAAAUGCACGUGGUUUUAAAGAUGAGGAGACAAAAUGGCGUCGCAAUAAAUAUGGAUUUAUGUUUAAUCGUAAAAUGGGAUUCGGUCUAUUGGAUGCCAAAGAAGUGGUUGGUUUGGCUAAAAAAUGGAAAACAGUUCCGGAACAAAUAUCCUGCACAGUUUUGGGGCCUAUUGGUGUUAACGAGAAUGUCACAAGUGAAGCAUCAGGAAAAUCUGCCAUCAGGGUAGGUCUUAAGGAUUGUGGUAUGAGGUAUCUGGAGCAUGUCCUGGUCACCGUCAAUGUACGUUAUUCAGCAUUCAGAGGAACAGUAGAGCUAGAGUUGAUAUCGCCCGGCGGAACCAGGAUACAGGUCCAGAAUGAAAGAUAUAAUGACGCUGUGGCGUCUCCAGAGGAGGGUUCAUUCGAGUACACCUACAAAGUUUUGCAUCUUUGGGGAGAAUCUCCUCAAGGACUGUGGAAACUUAUGUAUAAAUCUGUAAACCCGUUUGUUGAAGUUGGACUAGAUUCGUGGUCAUUGGAGCUUUAUGGAACCAAAAAAAGUCCAGGACCAAAAUAGUCGUUGUGUAAUGAAUAUAGAGCCAUUUUGAUUUAAUUUUGUACAACAGAAGAGAGAGAAAAACAAGUUCAUUUCUAGAAAAGACGUCACAGUAAAGUUGAGUUGUCAUUAUCAUUUUUGUUGUCUAUUUUUUUUUUUUGAAUCUAAAUAAAAAGAGUACAUGUG